UAUUCACUUUCUUCACUUCUCUCAUUCUCCUCUCUCUCUCUCUCUCCUUGGCUUCGGCUGCACUUAUUCGUUGGAUCCCAACAAUUUUUUUCAAUUUCUUCUGCAUUUUUUCUAUCUGACCUCACACCUGGAUUUCUGCUGCUAUCCAGUCGGUACGAUGAAAGCAAGGCGCAGAUCAUCAUCGUCACUGAAACGCGAAUUUGUGAAGAAAUGGAUAAAGGGGCUUCAGAUAUGCAGAAAUAGGAAGAAAGAUUGGACGAUUUUGGAGAGGAAAAACGCCAUAAAAUUAUCAGCAGAUGUAGCCAUGGCUGCAACCAGGAAGGCGGGGACCCAGUGGCGGCGGGCUCUGCUGUGCGACGUCGUUUCACAAAACCCAACCAACAAAGCAGUCGUCGAAAAACUUUUAGGUCGGAAAUUACAAAACAGUAGAGUGAGGUCAUGCAGUCGGAGAAUUGUAAGACAAAGCCGCAUUUGUAGUGGGAAAGCAGGAACAAGAGUUGUACCAAAGUCGAGCUCGAUUGCGCGCAGAUUGGUGAAGAACAGAAGCCGGACGCUUCGAAAGCUUGUACCUGGAGGAGAAGAAAUGGAUGGGGUUUCGCUGCUUCAAGAAACCCUAGAUUAUAUCGUCUCGCUUCGACUUCAGGUCGAUGUAAUGCGACGUCUUGCUGCCAUGGCAUCAAACUAGCUGGACUACUAUUUAUGCCUUCUGCAAUAUUAUUGUAUGUAUUUUUUAAUUGUAGAUGAUGGUGGCUAUCAGAAAAUGUAAUAUAAAUAUUUAUAUAUAUAUAUACAUAACAUAUGCGUGUGUGUACA